ACCCCUCAUCUUCCUCUCCUUCCCUCCCAACCUCGGUCACCAGUCCAUCGAUCCUCGAAUCGCUCGCCUGCACUGCACUGCAAGGUACAUACGCCAUGAAGCUGAGCAUGCCUUUCUUCGGCUCGUCUUCCUCCUCCUCCGGCAAGAAGAGGAAGGGGUCAAAGACCGGCGGCUCCUCUUCCUUCGUCUCCACCGCGUCGUCGUCCUCGUCCGACGAGUGCGCAUCGCCGUCAGCCGUCACGACGACGCCACGCACCGUCCUCCAAUCCCAGCCGUCCGCCCCCAACCCGAAGCCUCCGGCGGUAGUAGCCGCCGCCGUGACGCGGGAGGACCUGGAGGUGGCGCUGCGCCGGGUGGUCCGCAGCGAGGACGAGCUGGCCGCGGUGCUGGCCGAGGCGGAGGCCGCCGGGCUCGCGCCCGAGCAGGCCGCGUCCGCGGAGGCGGAGGACGAGGCCGAGCUCCGCGACGCGUUCGCGGUGUUCGACGCGGACGGCGACGGCAGGAUCUCCGCGGAGGAGCUCCGCGCCGUGCUCGCCGCGCUCGGCGACGCCGCCUGCUCCGUCGAGGACUGCCGCCGCAUGAUCGGCCGCGUCGACGGCGAUGGCGACGGCUUCGUCUGCUUCCACGACUUCUCGCGCAUGAUGAUGCAGGGGGCGUGAUUCUGGCGUCGUCGUGCCUGGCUGGGUUGUGUCGGUCUCCGCGUGUUUCUUCUGUUGCAAAAUCUCUCUACCUGUAUGUGGACCUGUUUUUUCGGUGUCAUCUACUCGUAUCAUCUCCGUCGUGCGAGAUGAAUGAACCCAAAAGAGAUCUAUAUAUUUUCAUCUUUUCCAA